AUCAAGAUAUGAGUGGAGCAGUUUAUGGAGGAGACGAGGUUAGCGGCUUGGUUUUCGAUGCCGGAUCUCAAUCAUUCCGCGUGGGAUUUGCUGGAGAAGAAUACCCAAAGGGAGAUAUUCCAUCAUACAUUGCCGUUCAAGAAGCACUUCCUGAUGAUACUAUUGAGAAACAAGAGGCUAUGGAAGAAGGUGAUAACUCGAAAGUGCAAACAAAACGCGAGAAGAAUUUUUUCAUCGGAACGACCAAAAUCAUUGUGCCACGCGCCAGAACUAACAUGGAAAGUUUUAUGAAAGAAGGAUUAAUCGAAGAUUGGGAGUUGUUCGAAAAGAUUGUGGAACAUUCGUAUGAGAAUAUCCUCUACUCCAAUCCAUCUGAACAUCCGGUUUUGUUUUCUGAAAGCUCGUGGAAUGACCGUGCUCGUCGGGAGAAGCUGACUGAGAUCAUGUUCGAAAAAUUCCAAGUCCCUGCGUACUACCUCUCCAAGAAUGUUGUUCUUUCCUGUUUCGCACAAGGAAGAACGCACGGAUUGAUGGUUGAUUCUGGAGCAACUCAAACUUCAGUUGUUCCUGUUUUCGAUGGCUACGCAGUGACUCACGCGGUGGUAAAAUGUCCAAUCGGCGGCGAUCUCAUCACAGAACAACUGGCUCAAAUGCUCGAUCAACAGAAGAUUGAUGUUAUUCCGACUUAUAGAAUCGGUGGAAAAGAAGAAGUUAACGAAGGAGAAGCUCCAAAAUGGACUCCAAGGAAAAAUCUACCACAGGUCACGAAAAGUUACGAUGCAUUUAUGAAAAAGAUGCUUUUGGAGGAUAUGGCAGCCACUAUGCUCCAACUCUGUGAUACAAGUAUUGAUAUGGACUACGUCGACAAACUUCCAUCGACACCUUAUGCUUUCCCUAAUGGAUACACAAAAGAGUUCGGAGCCGAAAGAAUCAAGCUUCCAGAGUGUUUAUUCGAUCUUGGAUACCUUAAAGCUGAGGGAAAGAAGGAUGGAUUGAUGACAGUGGCUCAAAUGGCAGCAGCUUCUGCAAAUCUUGCAGAUAUUGACAUCAGACCGACACUCUUCUCGAACGUCACAGUCACUGGAGGAAACUCGUUGAUUCUUGGAUUCACAGAACGGCUCAACUAUGCUCUAGCCACAAAGUGUCCACCGACGAUCAAGCUCCGAGUAUUCGCUGCUCCAACUCAAGCGGAACGGAAGUACGGCGCAUGGAUCGGAGGAUCAAUUCUCGGAUCUUUGGGAACAUUCCAACAAAUGUGGGUGAGCAAGGCCGAGUACGACGAGAGUGGAAAAUCGAUUGUCGAGAAGAAGUGCCCGUAAAAACUUUGUUUUAAAAUGCUUUCAAGUAUUUAUUCAUUAAUUUAUCAAUUCUCUCGUGUAUUUAUAUCUUCUCCGAUUCACAAGUUAAUUCGAAUCGUCGACAUCCAAUAAUUUUCUCUCCUCGAUCUCAACCAAGAGAACCCCUGAAUUUUUAUAUUUUUUCUUUGUACGAUUUUCUAUUUAUUCUGUGUAUUUCGAAAGUUGUGAGCUUAAACUUAUUCACAUUUGAAAUAAAAUUAUUGCUGAUUAAA